AAAUCAAGUGAUAAAGCCCAUUUAACAGUAGGGUUUUUAUCUUCUCAGACUGCUCCAGUUUCAAGCAACUAAACGAACCCUUAUCCUUUUCCAUUAUCUUUCUCAAAGAAAUGGCUGCUUCUCAGCUAACGACGUUUUCACUCACAGCACCAGCGAAGAACUUGGCUUCAUUUGAGGGGCUUAGGCCGUCCACUGUGAAAUUCGCUUCCUUUGGAACAUUAAAGCCCGGGGCUUUGUCCCACAGGUCCUUUAAAGGUUUGGUUGUUAGAGCUGCUACCGUUGUUGCCCCAAAGUAUACUUCAAUUAAGCCCUUGGGUGAUAGAGUGUUGGUGAAGAUCAAAGAAGCAGAGCAGAAGACUGAGGGUGGAAUUUUGCUUCCAACAACUGCUCAAUCGAAGCCUCAAGGAGGUGAGGUCGUCGAUGUUGGCGAAGGGAAGACUGUUGGGAAGACCAAAGCGGAAAGCUCUGUGGAGACUGGAGCUCAGGUCAUAUAUUCCAAGUAUGCCGGGACGGAGAUCGAGUUCAAUGGUGCAAAUCAUCUACUCCUAAAGGAGGAUGACAUUGUUGGAAUUCUUGAAACGGAUGACAUCAAAGAUCUCAAGCCUUUGAACAACAGAGUUUUCAUUAAGGUUUCGGAAGCUGAGGAUAAAACCGCUGGAGGUUUGUUGCUGACUGAGGCAACCAAGGAAAAACCUUCCAUUGGCACGGUGAUAGCGGUUGGACCCGGUACCUUAGAUGAGGAAGGUAACCUGAAAUCAUUAUCAGUCACACCGGGAAACACAGUCCUGUAUUCAAAGUAUGCCGGGAAUGACUUCAAGGGCAACGAUGGUAGUGAUUAUAUUGCUCUGAGAGAGCCUGAAAUAAUGGCUGUACUCUCUUAGUUGUCUAGUGAGAUUGUGCUUUAGGUUUUUUAAGCUAAAACUGGAUUCUAAGGAUGAGUUGCUUCAAAGCACAUGGAUUUUGUAAUUUUUCCCCUUGAAUACAAAUGGUUGCAGCCUUUUGUAAGAAA